AUGGAGACUGUCCAUGCUGAUGGCACGCCUCUAGCAGCAUACUUGGAGGGUACGGGUCGCGGUUUGCCGACUGCUGCAGUACCAGGGCUGACUUCCGCGAAAGGUCAGGGAUCCUUCGAGCCAGAGGAAGAGCAGACUCACAGAGAAGAUCAUCCGUUUGCGAUUACAUCGAACCAGUUUGCACCCUCCAGCAGAUAUGGGGCGGAUGCGCGCCUCCACAACGCCUGGUCUGUCGCGAUCAACUCGCGCUUGGGCAGCGCAGACAAUGCACGUUUCUUGGAACACUUCCGCUAUACUAUUGUUGCUUCUCAACUACUGAACGAGUACCUAGACCAUGGAGCAUUGCAUCCUGGACUAGGCAGUAAUCCGUUGCAGCUCGAUGGCGCGGAGGAUCAAUUGAGGGUCACCAGUCUGACCACAAGCUUAUAUGGUGCCGCUCUGACUGCCGUGCUCGCCUUCGCGUUGGUGUGCGUUCUGAGUUGGGCAACAAGCGAACGCAGUGGGUCCGUGAGCAAGGGUAGGAUUGCCUUGGCAUUGAUAACCUUCGCACUCGCAGCGCUUCUCGGCUACGCAUAUGUGCGCCGUCAGUGGCUGAAAUCAAUCAGAUUGCAGGCGGUAACUGCAGUCUCGGAGCUGACUGCCAGCUGGCAAGGGUUUGAGGCAUCGACAAGCUCUGCGCUAUCCUUGAUCCAAGAGGUUGAACUGGUCUCCAAAGGCUACAAGCUUGGCACACCACUGCCUCCUGCUUCCCGAAUCGAGGAGAACGGCACGUCCAGGCGGUGCGGUAGACUACGCAAAGCCUUGCAUAACGCAUACACCACAGCGAUACCGACCUGCGUCAAGGCAUGUACGACAUUGCGAAGGCUCAGCGACGAAGACGACUUCGAGAAGUUCCUUGAAGUGUAUGAUGUGAAUCCGCAGGAUGCGAAGCAAGCCAGCGGAGACGACCCACUCCUACCGCUCGAAGACGAUGCCGAGUCGCUGAAGUCACUGCGCGUCAUGAGCUACCGAGCUGGCAUCCUGCGACGCAUAGUACUAUGUGCGCUGAUGGCGCUGGAGGCCGACGGUGGCAAGCCUGAUUUCGCGCGAUGGCGAGUGGCAACCGAGACAAUGAGAGCACUCUCAGCCAAUCUCGGCGGCCCAGCAGAGAAGUUGCGCCUGAUUAUGACCGAAAUGGAGAGCCUGACCAUUCCAGCGACGCCGCUGACUCCGCCCAAGUCAGGCGGCCACGGUCAAGCUCGCCAGAGGAUGCGCGGACAAGUGCGAAAGAUCAGCAUGCUGUCGUCCGGAAUCAGAGCGCUUCAGGCCAAAAUGCACAUACUGCGCGAGGAAACCAAUAGAUCUAUCGAGCAGCAAGAAGACCUCACGGAUCUGGGGCCAUCAUUAAUGGCUCAGUACGAAUCGAUAGGCACCGACCUAAAGGAGCUGAUGCAGGCCUGGGAAGCCGGCAAAGCCUCCUUGCAGACAAACCUCACGAAGCAAGAGCACCGCAUCUCGAUGGCAUCCUCCAGCGCUGCAUCCGGCAUCCGCUCACCCGUAUCGAGUUUUGGCGGCAGUCUCGGCGGAUUGACAGCCGUCGAAGAGGGCAGUACACCAGCGGAAGCGCUGAAAGCGCUAAACGGUGAAACCUUCUGCGACCGCUCAAGCAUGGCGACAACGCCUUCAGACGAGGAGCAAGUGUUUGAGGCUGUCGCCAUGCCGCGACAGCGAAGCACUCUGUCACGUGAAGAGCGCAUCGCGAAGAUGCAAGAGGAGCGAGAACGUCAGGCUACCGUACGGGCGAAGCGCGACUCGAAUACUAAUAUGCUGCGAGAGCUUGAGUCGGUCAUCAACCUACGGCCACGGGCGAAGACUGGCUCGGCGCGUAUAACAUCUUUAUAG